AUGAUCAACUCACCAGAAUUACAAAACAACCUGACCCACGUUUCCCUCAUUGCCAGUAAAAGGAUUGCCGCAAUACAAUGGAUAUUUUUAUGCUUGAUAAUAGUGGGAUUCUGUUUCUUCUUCUACUAUGUCACAGUGAUGCUGAACGUCUUCUUCCUAACACCAGAGCUCCGGCAGACUGCUCGCUACGUUCUGUUUGUUUGUAUGCUCAUUAAUGACUCAUUGUAUCUAGUCCUGUCAUUCUAUAUGGCGCUUGCAGCUAUAUAUGUAUUAUAUGUCCCUGUGCCACUUUGCUACAUUUUGUACACUACUUCCUCAAUGACAUUUAGAGUAACUCCAUACAACCUGGCAGCCAUGGCUGUAGAGCAAUAUGUCGCCAUUUGCUACCCGCUGCGGCAUGCCCAGCUGUGCACCCCACAAAGAGCCAAAGCUGCUUUUACCUUGAUAUGUUCAGCGAUAUUGAUUCCGUAUGUUAUUGAGUUAUGUGUCAUGUUUUCAUCAUUUACUAAUAUAUUCCAUCUCUAUAUUAUAUGCAGACAGGAAAUGUUGUUCGUUAAUAGCAUUCAAAAGAUUAUUAGGUCCGUUACUCUCAUCCUGUGUUUCAGCUCUGUGGGACUUGCCAUCAUAUUUACAUAUGUGAAGAUUAUGUUGGUUGCCCUAAAAGCAAGUUCUCAGUCAUCCUCUGCCUCCAAAGCCGGGAAGACAGUUAUGCUCCACGCCUUCCAGUUUCUCCUGUGCAUGGCGUCCUAA